ACUUCCAAUGGCUGCACUUCAUACAAGUACCCAUUUUAAAUGUCUGUAACUUACAUAUUCCUGUAACUUACAUACUCCUGAGGAGUAUUGUUGAUGAAAAAAUAAAUCCGUCAGCAAAAACUUUUGACCCAAACUUUUGGUGGGUAUGCUCUUAAUUUCCAAGACAAAUUCUGUAUUAAUAUCAUAACAUAGAUCUGUCCUGUGAUUUCAGCAAAAAGAAAAUGAAAUGAAAAAGGUAAAAGCUCAACAGAGCAAAAAAAAAUCCCGAGAAUUAUUUGAUUUGGUCACUCAGUAAACAUAAACCUUAAAAUUAAAGCAAUAACUAUCUUACACCGUGUACAGUUUGUUUUCUGUGGUCUCUAGAUACAGCUUAAGAUUGCGUAAACAAUUUCGAUUUGAUCAUUUCACUAAAAUAUCUUUAAAUUAACAAUUAGGUAACUAGUCCGAACAGUGUGAAGGUGGUGUAAAAUAUUUAUUUACGCGAAUUAACAAGUAUAUACAUGUAGACUCAGAUAUAUCUUAAAUCAAGAUGGUCAUUUGAGAAGUUGGUCAGCAUUUAUGUUGAGUUAUAACAAUAACGUCAUAGUCGCCGAUGUACAUUUUAUAGAGCAUAUAAUUAUACAGACUCUUCAAAAUAUUUCUUUUCCACUUUAAUAUGGGUUCGUUUGCUGGACAUAUAGAUGAGGGACUUGCCUUUAUCAUUGUAGCUGUGUGGUGGAUGUUUAAUAUUUUUAGAGACUGUAUCAAGACUGAAAGUCGUCCAGGACAGUACGAGUCCCAUUUAUCAUACCCAAUCACAUUUAGAGGUAGAAAAGUGCCGGUAGAGAUAUACCUUAAGAUUCUUUUUCCUCUAGGCGGUUUUGCGGCAGAGAUAAUAGACGCUAAAACUUUCGUGAACAAAGAUGGUGAUUUCUCCAACUUGUCUGAUCUACAGCAUACGACAAUCUACUUCCUGUUUAUGCUGCACGGAAUUUCCGAUCUUUUGGCACAUUAUCGUCUGCCACAGAUCAAAAAUAUGACGUACUGUACAAUGACACUGGCGUUUUUCUGGUAUGGUACAGCAUUCUACUUCCACAGUGAGCCAGGAAUGGGAAAGCCGCCACUUGAGAACCAGAUUCAUAGGCUACCAAUUCCUUUGACAGUGUUUGCAGGUAUUGCUUCCAUUAUUGAAAUGCAUCAACGGAACGCAGUCUUACCACAGUUGUUGCGAUGUUAUUGUGUGCUAACACUGGGUACAUGGUUCACAUAUACAUCCUUUGUUUUGUUCCUACCAUAUCCAUUUCCAGGAAGUCACCACAAUCCGGCCUGGGAUCAGGAGGACGAAAGGAAUGUUCACUUUAUUGUCGCAGCAUUCGGAAUUCAUCUUAUUAUAAAUCUGAUGUUUAUUAUGACGUCAUUACCAUCAUGGUAUAAGUAUACCGUAAAGUUAGACAUAAAGAAAUCUAUGAAUGUAACGAUGAAAGCAGCAUGUGUCUAA